UCCCAUAUUGACGGACAUCAUCUGUUCUGCUGAGUCCAUUAUUCAAGGUGUUUUCCAGACUCCUCAACAGGUAGCAUCACCUCUAUAAUCAGACGCUUUUCGAUCCUUUCCAUUUCAUUUUUUCCUUGCUCGCUGGACAGUUUGGUCGUACAUUUCAGCAUUAUGAGGUUGGUUUGCUUGGUGCUGACCGCCCUGUGUUUGGUCACGGGAACGGGCAGCAUGUCCACCUGUAAGACUCUGGAUUUGGAGGUGGUGAGGAAGAAGCGGAUUGAGGCUAUUCGGGGUCAGAUCCUCAGUAAACUGCGCAUGGCUAAAGAGCCUGAAUCCGGAGCGGACGACGACGGACAGAAGAUCCCGGAUUCCUUGCUUUCGUUAUAUAAUAGCACUGUUGAACUGAGCGAAGAAAUGAAGACGAAGAUCGUCCCUGUGCAGGAUGAGGAUGAGGACUAUUUUGGCAAGGAGGUGCAUAAGUUCGUCUUCCAGCAAGCUCAGAAUAACACAAAGCAUCAGAUGUUUUUCAACGUGUCCGAGAUGAAGCGCAGUAUUCCAGACUACCGGCUGCUGUCUCAAGCAGAAUUGCGUCUUCGGAUCAAGAAUCCCACCAUGGACCAGGAGCAGAGGCUGGAACUGUAUCGCGGAGUGGGGGAUCAGGCUCGAUAUCUGGGAACUCGCUUUGUCUCCAAGGACUUGUCCAACCGCUGGCUCUCAUUUGACGUGAAACAGACAAUGAUAGAAUGGCUGCAGGGUUCAGAAGAUGAAGAAACCUUGGAGCUGAGGUUAUACUGCGACUGUAAAGCAAACCAGCAGAGCACGGAUAAGUUCCUCUUCACUAUAUCAGGGCUAGACAAGCAGAGAGGUGACACCGCUGGUCUGGCAGAUAUGAUGGUGAAGCCGUACAUUUUGGCUUUAUCUUUGCCUUCAAAUGGCAACUCUCUUGCAUCCGUUCGCAAGAAACGAGCUGUUGGCACCGAUGAAACAUGUGAUGAAAAAACGGAGACCUGCUGUAUGCGCAAGCUUUACAUUGACUUUCGGAAAGAUCUGGGUUGGAAGUGGAUCCACAAGCCCAAGGGGUACUUUGCCAACUACUGCAUGGGGUCCUGCACCUACAUCUGGAAUGCUGAGAACAAAUACUCACAGAUAUUAGCCUUGUACAAACACCACAACCCUGGUGCCUCGGCUCAGCCAUGCUGUGUACCCGCAAUCCUUGACCCUCUGCCAAUUCUUUAUUACGUGGGAAGGCAACACAAGGUGGAGCAAUUGUCCAACAUGGUGGUGAGGAACUGCAAGUGCAGUUAAGAGUUCAUCUGACUACAAUACAUCACCUUCAGAAAGUGGUUCAUGGCUCGAUUUCUCAGUCGGGAUUGAUAAGUAAGCCAACACACAAGAAAAUGGACAUACAUAACAUCUCAAUGGGAGGACACAUGGACAAAAAAAGGAAGAAAUGAUGAGAGAUGGACUGAAGCAGAGGCAAUAGGACGUAGAAAAGGAUACAAAUAUCUUUGAAAAUGCUUUGCACAAUAACGCACAGACAUUCUGUUACAGCAUUUCACCAAACAAGCUCGAUAUUAA